AUGAGCCACUUAGACGUGUCUUUUUUAGUGGGAACACGUUGUUGGUUUCAUGAUGAACAAGAAGCAUGGAUAUCUGCUGAGUAUAAAGAACACUCUGUUGAGGGAGAAAUACUUAAAAUGGUUUUUUUGGAUGAAAAUGGAAAGGAGCAUUUAGUUACAACAAAGGAAGUUAAUUUUAAAGUUUUGGAAAACCUUUCGUUUCUUCAGUUGCGGAAUCCUCCCAUACUUGAAGCAACAGAAGAUUUGACGAAUCUAUCCUACUUGAAUGAACCUUCUGGCAAAUAUUCUCAACUUCAAAUAUAUACAUAUUCUGGUAUUGUUUUAGUUGCAAUGAAUCCUUUUCAAAACAUUGCAUUGUAUUCAAAUGAUAUUGUACAAGCAUACUCUGGAAAAAAUAGAGGUGAACUUGAACCUCAUAUAUUUGCUAUUGCAGAAGAUUCAUAUAGAUGUAUGAUACGAGAUUCUAUGAAUCAAACAAUUGUUGUUUCAGGAGAAAGUGGAGCAGGAAAAACUGUUUCAGCGAAAUAUAUUAUGAGAUACUUUGCUACUGUUGAGGAUCCGAGAAAACCACUGAAACGAAGAUCUAGUGAAAAUUUUAAAUCUGGAAUGAGUGAAACAGAAGAACGAAUACUAGCCACAAAUCCUGUUAUAGAAGCAUUUGGUAAUGCGAAAACUAUUCGAAAUGACAAUUCAUCUAGAUUCGGAAAAUAUAUUGAGAUUAAUUUUAAUAAAGAGACAGAAAUAGUUGGUGCAAGAAUUCGAACAUAUCUUCUUGAAAGGUCUCGUUUAGUCUUUCAGCCCCAAAAUGAAAGAAACUAUCAUAUAUUUUAUCAACUUUGUCAUGGAGCAACAGAAGAUGAAAAGAAAGAAUUUGAUUUAAAAGAUCCAGACUACUUUUAUUAUUUAAAUCAGGGUGGAAACUCUACAAUUCCUGGUAUUAAUGAUUCAGAGGAUUUUAGUACGACUCGUAAUGCUUUAAAGACAAUGGGAAUUUCUGAUGAAAUUCAAAAUAAUGUUUUUAAAAUAUUAGCAGCUUUAUUGCACUUGGGGAAUAUAAAAAUCCAGGCAUUAAGAAACAAUGCAUUAUUGUCAUCAUCUGAUACAAGUGUUGAGUUUGCAUGUAAAUUACUUGGCAUCAAUAAUAUAAAUUUUGCAAAAUGGAUUAUUAAAAAACAAAUAAAUACUCGUAGCGAGAAAAUUAUUACAGAUCUUAAUCAAAAACAAGCUGUUGUUGUCCGCGACUCUGUAUCUAAAUUUUUGUAUUCUUCUCUCUUUGAUUGGCUUAUUAAUUCUAUAAAUUAUACUCUUAGAACAAAAGAUAAUGUUGAAGUAAAAUCAUUUAUCGGAGUACUUGAUAUCUAUGGAUUUGAACAUUUCGAUAAAAAUUCGUUUGAACAAUUUUGUAUUAAUUAUGCUAAUGAAAAAUUACAACAAGAGUUUACUCAUCAUGUUUUUAAACUUGAACAAGAAGAAUAUAUGAGAGAAAAAAUUAAUUGGACAUUUAUUGAUUUUUCUGAUAAUCAACCAUGCAUUGAUCUUAUCGAAUCACGAAUAGGAAUAUUAUCUCUUCUCGAUGAGGAAAGUCGAUUGCCAGCUGGCUCAGAUGAAUCUUUCGUUGCUAAAUUGAUUAAUAAUUUUUCUAUUCCAAUUUAUCAAAAUUACUUCAAAAAGCCAAGAUUUGGGGGGUCUUCAUUUACAAUUUGUCAUUAUGCUUUGGAGGUAACCUAUCAAUCUGAAGGUUUUAUUGAAAAAAAUAGAGAUACUAUAUCAGAUGAUUUAUUAAAUGUAAUAAAUUUGACUACUAACAGUUUUGUAAAAGAAAUAAUUUCAUCGUUUUUGGCUUCACAGGAAAAAGAGUCGCAAAAUUAUUCAACUAAACCAACAAAUGCUUUAUUAAAAAAGCCUACAUUAGGUACAAUGUUUAAAUCCUCUUUAAUUGACUUGAUGGAUACUAUAAAUUCAACUAAUGUCCAUUAUAUACGAUGUAUCAAGCCCAAUGACGAAAAGAUCUCAUGGAAAUUUGAACCAAAAUUAGUAUUAAGUCAGCUUCGUGCAUGUGGGGUUUUGGAAACAAUUAGAAUUAGUUCAGCAGGCUUUCCAGGUAGAUGGUCAUUUCAAGAAUUUGCUACAAGAUAUUAUAUGCUUAUUCAUUCGUCCUUUUGGAAUAAUGAAAUUAAAAAUCUUAGUAUGAAGAUUUUGGAAAAAACAAUUCAUGAUCCAAAUAAAUAUCAGGUCGGUUUAACAAAAAUAUUUUUCCGAGCAGGAAUGUUAGCAUAUUUUGAACAUCUUCGAAUUAGUCGUUUAAAUGAGUGCGCUAUAUUAAUUCAAAAAAAUAUACUUCGUCAUAUAUAUUACAAACGUUAUAUUAAUAUUCGAAAAUCUAUUAUUCUUCUUCAAAGUUAUGCAAGAGGCUUUACUGUGCGUACAAAAAUAUAUGAAACGAGAUGCAACUUGUCAGCUUUAAAACUGCAAACAGCAUGGAGAUGUUAUCAUGCCCGGAGUACUUAUCAAAGGACAAGAAAUAGGAUCAUUUUAUUACAAUCAGCUAUACGUUGUUAUCUUGUUAGGAAGAAAGUCCUUGCUUUGAAAAUGACAAAAAUGGCUGUAAAAAUUCAAUCUUUAUGGAGAAGAUAUAUUGUUCAAAAAGAUUAUAGAAUCCAACGAAAUCGUAUAAUAUAUUUACAGUCAUGUUGGAGACGUAAGAAGGCAAAAGAUGAAUUAAAGAGAUUACGUAUUGAAGCAAAAUCUCUUAGUCAUUUUAAAGAAGUAUCAUAUAAAUUGGAAAAUAAAGUUAUAGAGCUCACUCAGAAUUUGUCUAAAAAACAUCAAGAAAAUAAGUUGUUAUUAGCACAAAUAGAAAGUUUAGAAAAUCUCAAUAAUACAUGGAAAACAGAAAGCAAAAAAUGGGAAGAAGAACGUAAUAAUCUUGAAAAUGACUUAAAUAAUGCAAAUAAUGCAUUAAAAAAAGCAUUUAAUUUAGAAAAAGAAAUGCAUAAUUUAAGACAACAAUUAAGUACAUCUAAUGCUAAUCUUAAAAAAUUAAAUCAAGAAAGCAUUACUUUAAGAGAAUCGCUUUCUAAUAAGUCAGCAGAACUUGAAUCCGCACUUUCUCAAAAAGCUGAACAUGAAAAUGCUCGUUCUAAUCUUGUAAUUGAAAUAGAACAACUUAAAAAUGAAGUUUACAGGUUAUCAAUGGGUAAGAAUACACCACUUGGCUCACCACUUGGCUUUAGACCAAAUGGCUCUAUUAGGCUUGUAAAUCAUAAUAUGACUUUUGGUUUAAACUCUUAUAAAAGAUAUACAAAACGGCAAAAUACGUCUAAUGAAAACAAAGAAAAUAACUACCAUGUAAAUCAACUGUCAUAUGGACAAAAAAAUGGCAAUAAGCAGCGUUCUGCUUCUGUUUUGUUUCCAUCUCUUUCACCAAAAAAGCAGAAUUCGCUAAAUAACGAAGUAUUGAGGAUUCCUUAUACUCCAGUUAAAGAUAAUGUUAAUAGCGAGGUUAUGUAUUUAUUGGAAAAUAAUACUGCACUUAAUGAUGAAAUUGUCAUAGAAGUAAUUAAGAAUCUUAAGAUUCCUCGACCAAAUCUCCAGAAUUCUACUGCCCGUAAAGAAAUAUUGUUUCCAGCCUAUCUAAUAAACUUUAUUACAUUUAAGAUGUGGAAAUAUGGUCUUAUUAAAGAAUUGGAGCAUUUUUUAACAAAUAUUAUUCAGACAAUACAACAAAUAAUAAUGGAGCAUGAUGAAAAAGAUAUUUUGGAUUUUGGUAUUUUUUGGCUCUCUAAUGUUCAUGAAAUAUUAUCUUUUAUAAUUAUAGCAGAAAAUGAUAUAUUACAUGGUAAUGUUACUGAAAUAAUAGAUAUAGAAUGGAGGGAAUAUAGCAGGUUGGCAUUAUUAGUAAAGCAUGGUCUUGAAAAUUUGGAAUUUAAUAUUUAUCAUGUUUGGAUGAAGGAAAUUAAAAAGAUGCUACAUAAAAUGAUAAUUCCUGCAAUAAUCGAGUCUCAAUCUCUUCCUGGUUUUAUUACUACAGAUGGGAAUAAGUUUUUUAAUAAGUUGCUUCAAGGGAGCACUAAUCCUCAAUAUACUAUGGAUGAUCUUCUUACCUUAUUUAAUAAAGUAUAUAGAGCUGUAAAAUCAUAUUAUUUAGAGCAAAGUGUGCAUCAGCAAGCAAUUAUUGAACUUCUAAGGCUUGUUGGUGUAACUGCAUUUAAUGAUUUACUUAUGAGAAGGAACUUUUUAUCAUGGAAGAGAGGUUUGCAGAUACACUAUAAUACAUGCAGAAUCGAGGAAUGGUGUAAAAAUCAUGAUUUACCAGAAGGCGUUUUACAAUUAGAGCAUCUUAUGCAAGUUACAAAAUUAUUGCAACUUAAAAAAUCGACUUUGGAAGAUAUUGGAAUUAUUUUUGAUGUGUGUUGGAUUUUAACACCUGUACAAAUACAAAAAUUGAUUAAUCAAUACUCUGUUGCAGAUUAUGAACACCCUAUUAGUUCAGAAAUACUCAAAGUUAUAGCUAACAGAGUAGUUGAUGACCAUCAUAGUAAUACUCUUUUCUUGGAAGCAGUGUCUCUUGAGGAAAGUGGCAUUUACGAAAUUCCUGAAGAAAGAGAAGUUUCGUGUCCUCAUAUUUACAUACCUUCUUGGCUUCAUAUUCCUACAAUUCAGCGGCUUGCAGAACUAUCUACAUUUGGCACAGACACCGCUACUGUGUCUGUGUCAUAG